AUGACCACGAGAAAGAGGAAAGAGGUGGAAUUGGUCGAUAAUGUCUCAUUUGAAAGGUAUUUAUUAACAAAUUUACGAUUUUCUGAUUAUUUGCCGACUUUCAGACUUCGUAGCUUGAUUUUGGAAGUGAAAGAAAAGGAAACUGACUCGAGGACAUUGUUCGAAUCGAUCGAUGAUGAAGACGGCCUCGUUGUACGGUACGAGUUGGCGAAGAGUAUGGUGAGUGCCAAUGCUGAGUCACAAAGCGAUGGAACCGACCCGUUCAGGCACUGAAAUUAGAAGAAAAACGUAUAAAGUGUAAGAAUUACAAAACAAAAAUCGAGAUGGUGCAGAAGUUGAUAUUGGCGAAAAGGCGGAUAAUGUACGAAGUGCAGGAUAAAAUAGACAAGAAGGUUCGUGGAGAAUCAGUUGAAACGCAAAAUGUAAUUAUUUCCAGAAUAAGGACCAAGACAAGCUGGUGGAUAAGACCAAAGCAUUGGGAACACAAGUCGAAUCAAAUAAAUCUGUGAAGCAGAAAUACGUGUGAGCGGAGUUGGAGAAAAUGCAGGACUGGGCACCCAGGCCUGGACUUUUGACCCACUUGCAAUAAUCCGAUUAGACCCGAACUUUGCAGGCUCCUUGGACUUGAAUUGAAGUAUCUUGGGUCCAAGUUUCAGACGGAUCGGAUCACCUCCACUCGAGAUAUGUGAAUGUGAGACCGAAACUGCCGAGUUUUUACGAAAAUCCACAUAUCUCGGGACCAAAUGAUGCAAUCCGUCUGAAACUCCAACCAAAGUUCCUCACGUCCAAGAAGCGUGCCAAUUUUGUGUCCCAUCGGAUUAUUGAAAACGAGUCCAAACCUCGGUGAGCCUUUAAAAAGCCUGGUCAUUUGCCCAGCUCGGAGAAAAUGAAAAAUUUCCAGAAAAAAUGCGAUGAUUAUGAAUCGAUUGUGUGCCUAUCGGAAAACGUUUCUCCUUCAAGAAGUGAUGGAGGUCUUCAAAAUCGACGUAAGUAUUCCGAUUCUUCCCCGACUACUGACUAACUCAGUCUCUCUCAGAUUGACGGCGGGCCAGCAUCUAUGCAGCCGAAUCGACCAAAACGGGACUGCAAGUGUGUGCUCGUUGACACAAUCCGAGGACUGCACCUUCCACACGUGGCUUCCAUCCAACGUGAGCUUGUGAAUGUGUGAGCAGACUGAGAAUUGAGCGAUGUGGAUUCCAGUUUCACCUCACAACGAGUCGGAAACAACGGCAGCCAUCGGGCUUUUGAUCCAGAUGAUCGACGCGAUCAGCCGGAUUCUCGAGUACCCGCUACGGUAUUCGGUGAUUCCGUAUUCGUCGUCAUCUCGGAUUGUGUGCCCAUUGGAGGAUAAAAUGUGAGUUCAAGUUGUGAAAAGGGAAAUCAGGAGCCAAAACGCGAACUGACAUCUUUCUGUUUCGAUUGAUUGACAUUUACCUUAACUCUUUGACGCACAUUAGCAGCGAGUGGACAACUGAUAUGGAGUUAGUUGUUGAUUACUCAGAAAACUCCCAAGGGAGAGGAAGAGAGAGAGAGAGACGGAUAGAUUGUCCUUUCAAAUUUGCGUCUCUGCUUGUCAAGCAAUCAGUCUGCUUACGGAGGCAUACUCGUGCCUAACUAUGAAUCAAAUAUCAGCUAACAGAACUCUUGUACAUCUCGAGGAUCACAAUUUUGUGGGGGGAUGAAUCACUGAUUUUAUGAUGAAUCAAUGCUAGAGGAUGGACGGAACAUAUUGGGAUCGGAGCAGCAUCACCUGCUGCUGGAUGGAUCUCCAUCCUAAUAUCCGAACGCGAAACACAUUUGCGCGCGAGCGGAAGAAAAAGUAGUGUUGAACGCCGGUGGGGAGCGGGAGAAUAAACAUGUAUCUAUGAGCCAGUGAGCAAGAGGUGAGAUGAGGGUCUUAUUCAAGAAGAAACGUAAAUGAAGGUCACUUGCUUCUGCAAACAGAUCGACGGGAAGAGGCGCGCGACACGGAGUGCAUGAGAAAUGGUGUGAAUGAGCGGGGGGAGGGGGGAGGGCACAUGGGUACUUGUCGAGGAAAAGAGGGCGCAGAGCGAGAGUGAUGCCGACACGCCUUCUGAUUGGGCUGUGAUUGGUCAGAUUUAUGUUGACAACGGCCUUAGUUUUGAAUCUAUUCGAAAUGCCUCAUUCUUUUCUAGUCUUGAGUCAUCCUUUCCUUUCGAAACAAUGUUUUUGCAAUGGGCCCUCUACCGUAACUCUAACGACCCUGUGACUGUUCACGUGAUUUUUUGCAACUUUUCAUGAGGCGGUUCAAAAUUCUUAAAAAUUCUAUUAGACUUGCAACGGUUCCGAGCCGGCCCGAAAUCUUGCCAAUCUGUUUCCUACUCUCAAUAAAAUCUGAGGGAUUAUAGAGCAAAAAAAACAGCAACGGAAAAAUAUACUUUUUUCGGCCGGAAGAUGUAACUGGAUACGUAUUGUCCAAAAACUUUGCCAAACAGCGGACUAGGCCAAAUAAGAUCAAAUUUUGAUGAAAUAAGAGCCUUGAUUUCAGAGCCGUCCUGUCCGGAUGGAAGAAGCGAUCCGAGAGAGAGCGCUUUUUCGAAGGACUCGGAUGGUUGGGCAAAAACAUUGCGCAACUGCGAUCGGACUGCGGAAUACCGACACCAGUGGCUGACAAAACGCUUUCGAUUCUGUCGGAUUGGAUCAGAUCGGUGACUGAAGGGUGAGUUGGUAGGAGAGAAGGACAGAAAGUUGAUGGAGAAAUAUAUGCCGAUAAGGCCUGUUUGCUUGGUUUUAUACGCUAUUCCUGUUUAUGCAAAUGGGAUCAUCAAAUAAAUUCAGCAAAGAGCCAAAUAUUGUUUCAGAAAGUACGUCAGCAUAUACGAUCGCCCAAUAAACAACGUCAGAAGUCCUUCCAGUCUACUGAUCAAUUUCCAACAAUUAUCGGCAGGAGAUGUGAAACAAUAA